UAAUUCUGUAUGAUAUAAUUUGCAUUUGAGAGAUACAUUAAAAUGAUAUAUUAAUUCUCGCUAUUUUUAAUGAUAUAUAAACCAAUAAAACAACACUACCGAAUAUGUCACAGUUCGAUCAUAUAGCUUUUUAACGUGUAAUAGAAACACACUUCGAUUGGCCAUUUAUUUUUAUAUUUAAGUUUGAAUUGUAGUUUUCUAUAUUACGAUUUUUUUUUUUCUUGGUCAGCAUCACCCGUUACUCUCAAUAGUAAUUUCUUUCGUUUCUUGCACUGAUUUCCCAUUUCAUUUUCCCAACUUCUAAAAUAGAGGUCACAACAAAAAUAUUAUAAAAUUUCCAAAUCAAAAUCAAAAGCUUAAUUUAUUGAGAAGGAGAUGAGAACGUGGCCGGCUAGAUCUUCGCCGCAAAAGACGAGGAAGCCGGUUUACGUCGUGCAUAGCCCACCAAACACAGACGUAGACAAGUUAUCAACCGGAUCAGGUUUUAGCCCAUUCGGGUCACCCCUUAACGAUCAGGGUCAGGUCAGCCACUUCCGUCAUGACUCGGUGGCCGAGUCAUCUUCGAAUCCACGAUCGUCAGGACCAUUGAGAAACGAGUACAGAAGUGUCCAAGUGCAUGAUCUUGACCGUCGAAUCCAUAAAGAUGAAGAUUACGAUGAAAUGGACGGCCCAGAUGAUGAGAAGAGGAGAAGGGUGAUGAGGUUUUACUCGUUCUUGUUGUUUACGUUGGUGUUGGCCUUCAAUCUUUUUUGUCUCAUUUUGUGGGGAGUUUCCAAAUCUUUCUCACCUAUUGUCACUUUGAAGGAGAUGGUAUUGGAGAGCUUGAACGUGCAGUCCGGGAACGACCAAUCGGGAGUAGUCACAGAUAUGCUAACCCUAAAUUCAACGGUCAGGAUCUUAUAUAGAAACCCCGCAACUUUUUUCACUGUCCACGUCACCUCCUCUCCCCUCCAGCUCAGCUAUUCCCAGCUCAUCCUCGCGUCCGGUCAGAUGGAAAAGUUCUCUCAACGAAGGAAAAGCGAGAGAAUCAUUGAGACCAAAGUUUUAGGGAAUCAAAUUCCUCUGUACGGAGGCAUACCGGCUCUUUACGCCCAACGAGCUGAACCGGACCAAGUCGUUUUGCCUCUUAAUCUGACAUUCACGUUACAGGCUCGAGCCUAUGUGCUCGGCCGAUUGGUCAAGACUAAGUGUCACUCGAAUAUCAAAUGCAGCAUCACUUUUUAUGGCGAUAAACUUGGCAAGACACUUGAUCUCUCCAAGUCUUGUUCUGAUCAUUGACCAAAAUGAACAGCAUCAUGAUCUGUUCUGAUUUAGAGAAGAUUAUAUUAUUUCAUGAUUUAAUCGGUGAGAUAUACAUGUAAAGAGGGACGAAAUUGUUUUAAUCUUUAUUCUUUCAGUACCUCAUCUUUCAUUGUCAUAGAGCGUGUAGAUACUCAAUAUAUUUUGGAAUUAACACUUGUUAUAGUGUUGUCAUCAAUUUCUUUAUAAGAUUUGAUCGAAAUCAAUAAUUACAAAAUUUGAAUAAUU